CAAGAGUGCAAAGUGGAGGGCUUGGAACAAUUCUCAAGUUGCACUGCAAUUUUUAUUUUCGGCAAGGCAGUCCCCACAGUGUGAGUGAUCCACAACGAAUUAACGGAGAACGUGAGACGCUGCUAUGUUUAAUUGCUGGCUGUUGUAUAACACAGGCAAUUCUUUCUCAAGCUGGGCUGUGGGAUUUGAUCGGCUGGGUUACUUGCAAGGCUGUGCCAGUUAGAAAACUCCUGGUUAGAAGACCCAGAUUGUGUAAAUGACAGUUAUGCAUUUUGUCCUCUUGGAAUAAUCUUCUAGAAGACUCCUAAAAAGAAGAACAAAAUGACCAAAACUGAAGAACUGCCAGAUAGCCAUACUUCUGAAGAGUUUUAUGAAAAAUAUGAACCUAAAGAAAUCUUAGGAAGAGGAGUAAGCAGUGUUGUCCGUCGAUGCAUUCAUAAAGUCACUCGACAAGAAUACGCUGUUAAAAUUAUAGACAUCACGGCUGGGAAUCUAUCCCCACGGGAAGUUCGGGAGCUGAGGGAAGCCACUCUGAAAGAAAUCAACAUCCUCCAGAAAGUGUCUGGACAUCCAAACAUUAUCCAGCUGAAGGAUAGUUAUGAAUCUCAUACUUUUUUCUUCCUGGUGUUUGAUCUAAUGAAGAAAGGGGAGCUCUUUGAUUACCUUACAGAGAAGGUGACCUUAAGUGAGAAGGAAACUAGGAAAAUCAUGCGUGCUCUUUUGGAAGUGAUCCAGUUCCUCCAUUCCCUGAACAUUGUCCAUAGAGAUCUCAAGCCAGAGAACAUCCUGCUAGAUGAUAACAUGAACAUCAAACUAAUGGACUUUGGCUUCUCAUGUCAGCUGCAGGAAAAUGAAAAACUUAAAGAGAUCUGUGGAACUCCUGGCUACUUGGCUCCAGAAAUACUAGAAUGUUCCAUGGAUUCAGAUCAUCCAGGUUAUGGGAAGGAAAUUGACAUGUGGAGCACAGGAGUCAUCAUGUACACCCUGCUGGCUGGAUCCCCUCCCUUUUGGCACCGGAAGCAGAUGGUGAUGUUAAGGAUGAUCAUGAAUGGAGAUUACAAAUUCGGGUCUCCGGAGUGGGAUGACCAGUCAGACACAGUGAAAGACUUGAUUGCCCACUGUUUAGUGGUGAAGCCGCAGCAUCGUUACACUGUGCAGGAUGCCCUCACCCAUCCCUUCUUCCAGCAGUACACUGUGGAGGAAGUCCGGCACUUCAGCCCCUUCCGGAAAUUCCGGGUCAUCUGCCUGACUGUCCUGGCCUCAGUUCGGAUCUACCUCACCUACCGCAAUGUCAAGCCGGUCACCCAGGACGUGCUGCGGCGUGACCCCUACGGCCUGAAGCCAGUCCGCAAAAUGAUUGAUGCUUGCGCCUUCCGGAUCUAUGGCCACUGGGUGAAGAAGGGGGAAGCUCAAAACAGAGCUGCCCUCUUUGAAAAUACGCCCAAAGCCAUCCUGCUGAGCUUGGCAGCUGAAGAGGAGCUCUUCUGAUUUCCAAAAUCUCCAGGGAGGAAGCGGUUCAAACGGCCUUCCCCAACAUGGCGCCUUCCGGGCAUGCUGGGCUGGGAAUUCCAGCGUGACUUAACACAUCCAAAGGUCACGAAAGCAGGCGAGUCUAGCUUGAUACUUUGAGGCAAGCUUCCCUGACUUGGUGUUUUCUAUAAGUGUGGGAUUACAGUGCCUAAGUAUUCCCAGCCAGUAUGAGCAUGCUGGCUGAGGAAGAUGGGAAUUGUGGUCCUAGAUGCCAACAGGCCGAGAAAGAUUGAGGUAAAGCAAAAGAGCUGCUCUUACUUUCAGUUUCAAAAAUGCCACCU